UAAUCGUGAGUCUUUCGGAGGAACGUGUAAGCUACUUCUUGGAAGCCAAGCACAUUGAAGAAUAGAGUUUCUUCUCAGACUUUCUCCUUUGUGGAAGAGAAAACAAGUGCCAUGACUGAUUUGAAGAUACGGCGCUAUGAGGAAGAUGAUGACAAGGUGGUGAAGGAGAUUUUCACAAUGGGCAUGACUGAGCACAUUCCUGCUUCAUUCAUGCACGUGCUCAAGCAGCCCCUGAUGCAGAUGCUAUGCGUUUGUUUGUUCUGCACAUUGAUGGCCACGUCAAAAUCCUUCCUCCUGCCCAUCCUCGCCGUGACGCUGCUCCUCGCUGGGGCUCGGCAGAUGGUCUCCUACAUCUUCAACAGCUACAUCGACGAGUCCAUGAAAGGGGACAUGUCCAAGAUUCGGGAGACCUACCUCACCACCCCAAACUCCUGCUUUUGGGUGGGGGAAAUUGACGGGCGCGUUGUGGCCACGGUUGCGUGUUUGCCGGCUGAAAAGCAACCCGAGUGCUUGGAGCUGAAGCGCAUGUACGUGAUUCGCUCUCACCGUGGACAGGGCAUCGCCAAGGCGUUGUGCCACACAGUCGCGGAGUUUACGCGCACCCGCGGCUAUCAGGGUGUGAUGCUACACACCUCUGUGGUUGCAACGGACGCUCAGCAUCUGUAUGAGCGCGUUGGGUAUCAGAAAAUGAGACAGUUUGUCAUUCCGGAGUUUUUCGCAAGAAUUUUAAACUUCUCCCUCUUCGAGUACAGACUGAACGUCCAGCCCUCGUCAUAGAAGAACGAAUAGCCUACCUGCUGUGUAGUUGCCAGUGUGAUACAUACCUCAACAAUGUCACAAUUGAUCAUUUAUUAUGGCAGACUCCCCCCUGAUAGACAAAGGCUAUGUUUAUACAAGUUGGCAGGGAAACAAAGAAGUCCUCCUGAGUGAAGUGAGGGGUUAACUUAUGUCCCAAGACUUCUGGACAGCAAGCAUCUUGUGAUCUUUGUGCAGUGUAUACCAAAACUUGGUGUUGUAACUGCUGUUGGAUAAUGGUCAUUGUUUUAAUGACCACUUACUGUUUUAACUAUAUGGUGCUAUAUACAAACAUUUUUUUAUUUAGAUGUAGAUAAAUGACUGGUCAUGUGAUAUAGGUCACAGCUUCUUCCUGUUACCCAUAUGCCUGAUGAAGAUCCAGGGUGAUCGAAACAUUGUUUUUUAAAUAAUAAACUUCUUUUAAGCUUA